AUGGUAGCGGCUAACCUCCUUGUUGAUUAUGCUGGUAUUGUUUUGUACAAUCAAGUAAGUUUCCCUUCACUUCCAAUAUGGUGGACAUCUUCAAUUGCAGGAGCCAUCGUAGAAAAGUUUGCUGUGGAGGGCUCUUGGACUUGUGAGACGAUGGAAUCAGGCGCUUCAUACAAGUUUGAUGUGGAUAUUCCAUUUCACUUUUUGCUGCGGGGAUAUGUAAUGUAUCUGAAUUCUGAACACUCCAUGAGGGAAAAUCCAAACUGGAUUUCUCCAGAGGACUUAGUUUAUUUGUCGAAUUUGAAGUGCUUGAGAGUGUUGUCAUUUCGAAGUUUUCCAAAUCUUGAUGCAUUGCCUGAUUCGAUAGGUGAACUGAUCCAUUUGCGUUAUUUGGAUCUCUCUUACACAAAUAUAACAUCAUUACCAGAGUCAUUAUGUAAUCUUUAUAGUCUACAAACAUUGAAUUUGUACUCUUGUGUGCAACUAACCAGGCUUCCCAAUGACAUGCAAAAUCUUGUAAAUUUGCGCCAUCUUGAUAUUAGUAACUGUAAUAUGUUAGAAGAGAUGCCUAGAGAAAUGAGCAAAUUAAAAAUUUUGCAAAACUUGAGUCUCUUUCUUGUGGGGAAGCAUGGAGAGAAAGGGAUAAAGGAACUAGGAACACUUUCAAACCUUCAGGGAUCACUUUCCAUUGCAAAAUUAGAGAAUGUUAUCAACACUGAAAUAUCAGAGACAAAGAUAAUGGAUAAAAAGUGCCUUGAGGAAUUAUGGUUGUCAUGGUCUGAAGAUGCAAAGGACCAUUUUCCGAAUUCACAAAGUGAGAUGAAUAUACUUUGCAAGUUACAACCUACCAAGAACCUGAAAAGACUAGAUGUAUAUGGAUAUAGGGGCACGAGAUUUCCAGAAUGGGUUGGAGAUCCUUCCUACCACAAUUUGACUGAGUUAUAUGUGAUUGGUUGUCGAUAUUGUUGUAUUCUUCCGCCACUUGGACAGUUACACUCUCUCAAGAAAUUGACAAUAAGAAGAAUGAGUAUGCCGGAGACUAUUGGACAUGAAUAUGGUGAUUCCUUUACUGGAACCCUCUUUCCCUCCCUUGAAUGUUUGGAGUUUCAUCACAUGCCAUGUUGGGAAAUGUGGCACCAUUCCCAUCAUUCGGAUGAUUCUUUUCCUGGAGAUUUGCCACCUCAUUUUCGUAUGUUGGAAGCAAUUCAAAUUAAACGAUGCAACCAGCUUGGCUCUUCUCUCCCAAAGACGUUUUCCAUCCGCAAGUUACACAUAUUUGAAAGCAAUAAAGUAGCCUUGCAUGAACUUCCCCUUUCAUUGGAAGAAUUAAGAAUUCAAGGAAGAGAGGUGACAGAGUCAGUCUUUGAAGCCAUUGCCAUCACCCCACGGGCAUCUCUUCAAAUUUUGGAUAUCAGGGAUUGUUCGUCAGCGAUAUCAUUUCAGGGAGAUUGUUUAAUCACAUCCUUAAAGUUUUUGUACAUAACAGAUUGUAAAAAUCUAAAUUUUCCAAAGCAAAACCAUCAGCUUGAGUCACUUCAGUAUUUGACAAUAACUAGAAGUUGUGAUUCUCUCACAACCCUCCCACUAGAUAUCCUGCCGAACCUCAAUAAUCUCCAUAUCUAUAAAUGUGAAAACAUAGGAUGUCUUUCUACUUCAAAGAUUCUUCCAAAUCUCAGUUAUAUUGGCAUUAGUAACUGUCCCAGAUUUGUAUCAUUCCCAGAAGAAGGAUUGUCUGCACCAAACUUGAAAAUAUUGUAUAUCACCAAUUGCACUAAUCUAAAAUCAUUGCCUUGUCACAUAAAUACUCUUCUCCCAAAGUUAGAAGUGAUGACUAUAGAUGAAUGCCGAGAAAUGGAGACGAUUCCUGAUGGUGGUAUGCCGUGUAGCUUGAGAUCACUCUGCAUUGGGAAUUGCGAGAAAUUAUUAAGGAAUCCAUCUCUAACUUUGUUUGACAUGCUUUCCCAUCUUUCAAUUAGUGAUCUAUCUGAUGGUGUUGAUUACUUCCCUAGGAAGGAUUUUGCGUUGCUUCCUCCCUCCCUGACCUCCCUAGAGCUAUGGAAAAUGUCAAGUUUGCACACGUUGGAAUGCACGGAGCUUCUCCACCUAACAUCCCUCCAACAGUUAACAAUUGGAGACUGUCCCAAGCUGGAGAAUGUGGCAGGAGAAAGGAUGCCUGCUUCUUUAAUAAAUCUUCAAAUCUUUAGAUGUCCUUUGUUGGAAGAACAGUUCCGCAGGAAACACCCAAACAUUUGGCCCAAAAUUUCCCACAUCAAAGUUAUUCAGGUUAGCUACAAAUGGAUUUAGCAAGCUUGAAACUUGAAUUU